GGAGCGUGGACGCGCGUGCGUGUGAGGAGCCAGAGAGCAGCGCGAGGACAGAAAGAGCGGUGGAAUACAGUGGAAGCGGAGGAGAGAGAAAGAGAGAGAGAGAGAGAGAGAGAGAGAGAGAGACCCACAUUCCUCGUAGAUGUGCAAAAUGGCGCGAGUGUGCUCGGUCCCGGCUCGCGCUCUGUAGCUCGGUCUGUGUUCGGAUGCGCGGUUCUUCUUCUCCUCAGCUCGCUUUUGUUCUCUGGAUUUGCGGAGCGUUUUUAAACUGACCCUGAUGGCCACCGAUUGGCGCCGCCUGGCCGCGCGGCUGCUGGGACUUUGGCUGCUGCCUCUGUUUGGUGUAACAUCAGGAGCUGAACUGUCAUUCACGUUGGAGCCCAGUGACAUCAUUGCGGUCCAGCAGCAGCCAUUGAUGCUGCACUGUCAGGUGGAGGGAAUCCCCCCCAUCACCACGCAGUGGAGACGCAACGGGGUGCUUCUGCAGGAGGACCAAAACCACGCCAUGUUCAUCAAUGGCUCGCUGCUGAUAGGCCGCUUCCAGAGGAGCAGGUCCGACGGCUCAUCUGAUGAGGGAGACUACGAGUGCGUGGCUCAGAAUUCCUUUGGGCUGGUUGUGAGCCGCAAGGCGAAAGUACAGGCUGCCACAAUGGCAGAUUUCCAUGUGCACCCACACUCAGUACGGACAGAUUUGGCAGGUGUUGCACGCUUUCAGUGCCAGAUCCAUGGCCUGCCCGAACCAGUCAUCAGCUGGGAGAAAGACGGGAGGCCGGUGGACACCAGCAACGAGCGGUAUACUCUGUUGCCCACAGGUGUGCUGCAGAUAACAGGUGUUCGGCCGGAGGACAGUGGGGUGUUCUGCUGCGUCGCCCACAACAGCGCUGGAGUCAAACACAGCGCUGGAGCCCGCCUCACCGUCUCAGGCUCCCAGUCUUCUGUUUACAAAGACCCUAUGAUACUUGUCGGUCCCGAAAACCUCACCCUCACUGUUCACCAGACUGCCAUCUUGGAGUGCGUUGCCACUGGCUACCCGCGUCCCAUCGUGUCCUGGAGCCGGCUGGACGGACGGCCGAUUGGAGUUGAGGGUAUCCAGGUGUUGGGCACGGGUAACCUGAUGAUUUCUGAUGUCAGAGUGCAGCACUCGGGUGUUUACGUCUGUGCAGCCAACAAACCAGGCACCCGUCUGCGCCGGACCGCUCAGGGGCGACUGGUGGUGCAAGCUCCAGCAGAGUUUGUUCAGCCUCCCCAGUCUAUAGCACGGCCGGUGGGCACAACUGCUAUCUUCACUUGCCUGGCCCAGGGUGAACCCCCACCCCAGCUGACCUGGCUCAAGAAUGGCCAGAUCCUGGAGCCUGGAGGUCACGUCAAGCUCAGGAACAACAAUAGUACACUGACCAUCUACAGCAUCAGUCAGGAGGACGAGGCCAUAUACCAGUGCAUAGCGGAGAACAGCGCUGGCUCCUCUCAGGCUAGCGCGCGUCUUACUGUGCUGUGGGCCGACGGGCUGCCAGGUGUACCCACAGAUGUCCGGGCUGAUGCCCUCUCGCCCACCUCCAUCCAGGUGUCAUGGAACGAACCAGCCCAGAACACACAGGACAUCAUUGGCUAUGUGCUGCAUAUCCGCAAGACCGCAGAUCCGGUGGAAAUGGAGUAUCAGGAGGCAGUGAGUAAGGUGACUCUGCAGCAGGUGGUGGGGGAUUUGGAGCCUUCCACAAGUUAUAGCUUCUAUGUGAAGGCCUACACCUCACGUGGAGCCAGCAAAGCCUCAGCCAUGGCUCAGGAGAGCACGUUGGGAGAGGUACCAGCACCCCCAACUCUCUACACUAAGGUGGUGAACUCCACUGUGGUGCAGGUGGUCUGGGAGCCCUCCACAAAGAUGGGCCAACAUGAUGGAUUUAAGCUGUAUUACCGCAAAGCCCACGCCCCGCUGUUCACCGGACCCCUCACCUUCUCCCGCAACAUCACACAGUACAACAUCUCUCUGCUGGAUCCAGCAGUGGUGUAUGAAAUCAAGAUCCUGGCAUUUAAUCAGCAUGGAGACGGCAAUGCCACUCUGCGCUUUGUAUCUCUGAAAGAGCCAGUGGAGAAGUCAGUGCUGAAUACUCCUUGUGACUGUUUGAAAGAGGAGCAGAGUAAAACCUCUACUACUGGCAUCAUCAUCGGCAUCCACAUUGGAGUCACUUGCAUCAUCUUCUGUGUUCUCUUUCUCAUGUUCAGCUACCGCGGCAGGCUAAUGUUAUGUAAGACAGUGCAGGCCACUCCUCAGGUGGGACGGAACCCAGCGACAGCAGCAGCAAUGCUGGAGGCCUCUUCGUCUCAGCAGGGAGCGCUGGCCCUCAACGGCCUGCACAGCACCAGCACCGAGGCCAACGGGGCCCGGCAUGGAGCCAAGAGCCUGACCGGCUCAAGUCAGAGGGAGAGGCUUGUCUCAGGUUCAGCUGAUGCUGCACAUACGAUGGAAAGCUUGCUGGUCUCCUGUUCCCUUAAUGAGACCCAGAUGUCCACUCUUCCCCUGGACGACUUCAGCCUGGUAGAGGAGCAUGAGUCACAUUACCACGGGCGACCCACAGGGGGCCUCCCGGACGAAGGCUGAUGACAUGAAGGCUGUGGAGCUAUAAGCCCUUAAAUUCCACUCAGACUACUCUCCCUCUCAGGUCAACUGAAGUAUUUCCUAUUUUUUGUCCUCUUUUUAUUGUGCAGAGUUUAUAUACGUUAUAUUCCCCACGUGGGAAUUGCUGGACACCAUAUCUGGGAGGGCCCAUAUGGCUUAAUGGUGGGCGUGGUCAUCUGAUUUCUUCAUUGAAAGGUGAUGAAACCGAGAGAUUUUUUUCUUUACCCCUCUUCAGAAGAGCAGCAGGGCAAAGACACCUACGGUGUCUCCACUCGUAU